GCGUUUUCAGCGCGAGCGCGUGAUGUGUAAAACUCCGCACACACUCACGCGCUGACUCACAUUCAUUCAGUCCCUUUAGGUCUUCACUUAUUCUCUACUUUUUAUUUACCGCCUCGGUAGUUUGGACGUGUGGAAAUGACAGCGGUGGAUGAUGGAUGUGCAGGAACACUUGGAGGUUCUGCACUGCUGGAGGAUGAGUGUCAUCUCAAACAUACUCACACACACUCUCACACUCAGCAUAGAGAAGCUCCAAUGGUGGUGGUGUGGAGAAAUGUGGUUCUGAUGAGUGUUCUUCACACUGCAGCCGUGUACGCCCUGGUCCUCAUCCCCUCAGCUUCAACAUACACACUGCUGUGGACUGUGGUCUGUUUUGUGUUCAGUGCAUUGGGUAUAACUGCAGGAGCGCACAGACUGUGGAGUCACAGAUCAUAUAAAGCCUCACUGCCUUUACGAAUCUUCCUUGCUGUCGCUAACUCCAUGGCCUUCCAGAAUGACAUUUAUGAGUGGUCUCGAGACCAUCGAGUCCAUCACAAGUACUCAGAGACGGACGCAGACCCCCAUAAUGCUUCUCGGGGAUUCUUCUUUGCUCAUAUCGGCUGGCUGCUGGUGAGGAAACAUCCCGACGUCAUUGAGAAUGGCCAGAAACUGGAGCUCAGUGAUCUGAAGAAUGACAGAGUUGUCAUGUUCCAGAGAAGGUUCUAUAAGACCUCUGUAGUAGUGAUGUGCUUCCUGAUCCCAGCAAUGUUGCCAUGGUUCCUGUGGGCAGAGUCUCUGUGGGUGGGCUUUUUUGUACCUGUCCUCCUUAGGUACACGCUGGUGCUAAAUGCCACCUGGUUAGUGAACAGUGCCGCCCACAUGUGGGGGAACCGGCCAUACAACAUGAACAUCAACCCGCGGGAGAACCGCUUCGUCACCUUCAGUGCCAUCGGUGAAGGAUUCCAUAACUACCACCACACCUUUCCAUAUGACUACGCCACCAGUGAGUUUGGCUGCAAGCUGAACCUUACCACCUGCUUCAUUGACCUCAUGUGUGUCCUGGGACUGGCUAAAGACCGCCACCGUGUUCCCACUGACCUCGUCAGGGCUCGCGCCAAACGCACCGGUGACGGGAGCCACAGGACUGGAUAAUGCGCUGCAGUGAUUUGUCUCUGAUCAUGGCCGGAUGGGUGUCGUCGUACAUGCACAAAUGGAGAAGAGUUUAGAUCACUUGAGGAGCUUCAAAUUCCCACAUGCUGAAUUACAUGUUUUGUAUGUUAAAUGUAGCUGAACUGUGUGUGUGUGUGUGUGUGUGUGUGUGUGUGUGUGUGUGUGUGUGUGUUUGGGGUGGGGGAGGAAUUUCUCAAUAAAAAUUGAUAAA